UCUCCUUGGCGCGGACGUUUUCUGCACGACACCACAAUCACACACACAGCUCAGGAUUAAGCCUUGCUCCUUCUGGUUGCGAUUAAGCUGAUGUGAACUGAACGAAUCAGAUCCUCCACUUGGAGAUCUCAUAAGCCCUGAGGACAGCCCCUGAGACCCUCACAAGCGAGACAGCUGCCUCGUCAUCCUCAGAUGUUACUGAUGUUGGCUGCCUUACCAACCACAGCCCUUGAUCCCAACAAGCCAAGAUCUGAGUUUGUCGACUGUCCACCCACCAUUAUAUGAAACUUGGGCAAAAAAAACCCUGGGCAUUAGAAAAGUCCAACAUUUACUGUUGCUUCUCAUAACGUGUUCUCAAAGUCAAACUCAUGUGGGGUGAAUUUGAAGAUGAGGAACAAGACAAGAGAAAAGUAUGUCACCAGGCAGAGUCAUCACCAGAGAGACCAUGUGUAGCCAGUGAAAUACCUGAAAACACAGCCGCGGAAGAUGAAAACACAGCCACGGAAGAUGAAAACAUGUAUGCAUUGCCACUCAGAGAUCGACUAGUCCAUUUUCUGUCUGCCAGUAACAUUGAAGUGAAAAGUCAGCAGAUGUGUGAACCUGAUCUCACUUAUGAAGAAAGAAAAGAAAUCAUUGAAAAUCUCUUAAGUGAAAAACCUGGACAGUUCUUGUACAGGUUUGGCAAGUAUCUGGAGCGAGAACACUUACAGUAUUUUCUGCAGUACGAAGAUGAUGUUGAAGUGGAUCAUUUUCUGACCGAGACAUUGAAGACCAAAAACAAACAUACAGCAAAAAUAACAGUGCGGAAUAGAAGAUACGCUGCCUUACAGAAGAUGCGGAAGUCUGGAGAUUACUUUAGUGAGGAAGAAAUGGAACGACGUGAUCCGCUUCUUUACGACCAUCUGAUUGGUCAACAUCAAACUCAAGAAGAGAGGGACCAAAAGUACAGCACUAAUAACACUGAGGAAAAGUUUUCUACUCUGCUUCUGCAUCACAUUGACUAUCGUGCACACAAAGAGCUAAAGAAACGGCAAGAAGAUGAAGAAGAUGACAUGCUUGAAGAAGAAGACUCAGACUCAGAUGAUAAUGACAAUGAUGAUGGGGAUGCAGAGAUGAAUUCUGGUAUUGAAUCCAGAGAAAAGCAGAUGUUCAAAGAAGAAUUCUAUUCUGCAGGAUACAAUGCUUUUAUAAGAGGAGAAAAUCAGGACUUUGAUUACAAGGAAGUUGAUGACAAUGAUGCCCUUGAUCUGUUAGAAAUUCAGGCUAGAGAUGAAGAGGAAAGAUACUUUGAUGAGGAGGAAGAAGGAUCACAUCAUGACAUGGAUUAUACUGAAAAUGAAAGCUGACAAGAAUUGCCAGACAAUUCUAAGAGUAAGUUACAAAUUGUGAAUGCAAUGGUCUUAUAAUAACUUUGUGGUGGAAACUAUUUACCAAUGAAUGUAUGUAAGUAUAGGAAUUGUUUUCUGAACAAUAUUGUGCAAUCUUAUUAAAAAAAAUCAACUUCAGUGUAGUUAUUUAGUUUGAAUGCUAGUAAAUGUCAGAAUUUAUAAUUAUAUUGUACUGGAACUAAUUGGCAUAAAUUACAUACAGAUAUUUAAGUGAA